AUGGUGAACAGAGGUGUAGGUUUAGUUGGAGGCCACUGGUGCUAUCAGUCACAGAAGUAUGAACAGCCACACUGUGAAGGUCCUCGACAAUGGUAUCUAACAGACGUCACCUGCAAAGGAAACAAACAGUCACCUGUCAAUAUUGUCACCAAAAACGUAAUUUAUGACAAGAGCCUUAAGCCACUGAAUUUUGAAGGAUAUGAUGUGAAGGGGUCUUCAAAAUGGAACAUAGAAAAUAACGGACAUACAGUUAAAGUAACGUUAAGCACAUUCCCUAAAAUUGGAGGAGGAGGUCUGGGAAGAAAAUACAAGGCGAUAGAAUUUCAUUUGCACUGGGGAGUCCAAGGUGUGCAGCAAUACCUUCCUGGGUCAGAGCACAGCAUAGAUGGAGAAAAACAAGCCAUGGAGCUUCACAUUGUCCACAUAAGAGAAGAUGUUUCGGAUAUAACAGAAGCGAAGAAAAAUGCUGAUGGUGUGGCUGUGUUAGCAUUCUUUAUAAAGGUUGAAGAAGAAAAUAAAAACUAUGCAACUCUAAUAAAUGAAUUACAGAAUAUUAAAUACAAAGGGCAAACAGCACAGAUGGAAUCUUUGCCACUGAGUUCUCUACUCCCACCUGAGGAAGAGCUUGGAAGGUACUAUCGGUACGAGGGCUCCCUCACCACUCCUGACUGCCAUGAGGGUAUCAUCUGGACAGUAUUUGAGAAGCCAGUUGAACUCAGUAUUUCUCAGAUUUCUCAGUUUUCAACAGUCCACUUUGAUGGGAAGAACUCAACUUACAUGGUUGAAAAUUUCCGGCCUGUUCAGUUUCUGAACGAACGAAAGGUGUACUGGUCCAGUGCCAGCAUCCUCCUGCCCACUGCUAAGGUUUUAAUAUUGGUCCUGAUGCUUACGUACUUCCUGAGUUCUCUUUUCCAAUGA